AGAGAAUUUCCCCCAAGUUAAUUUAAAUUCCACAGCCACUCUGGUCAUUAAUUAUGCUAAAAAAAGCUUUCUGGCAUUUUCUGCUCAGAAAGGGAUUUCCAGCAUCCAUUUCUUCACAAGAAUGGAUUGUUCUGAGGCUGAAGUUUUGCAAACAUCGUGGUUUGUCUUGCCAAGAAUGUCGGAGGGAAUGACUUCCAGAUGUACAGCCCACUCUGGAUUGGCACAGAGCGAAAGCCAAAAGGGGACAAACAACAGCAUAAAGAGAAAAGCCCCAGCAGUGACAAAACAAGUUAAAGGAACUCAGCAUGGCUGCAUUCAUUCAUCCAGGACAGCUGUUGGAGUUUUUAGUCCGUCAGGCAUUCCUGUAGACCCCUCGAAUGGGCCCUGCUUCUGAAGCCUACAGUUUAAAACUACAGAAUAUCCUGGUUUUUUCUCGCUCUGAUCAGCUGAUUGGCUAGCAUGCUCGAACUUCCUGUCAAAACAAAUAAACGUCUUGUGGAUUUCCCCUUUUCAUAAGUGUUUGCAAGUCAGUAUUUCUGGUAGCUUUAAGUGACAAUGUUAACACUGUUUGUCGUCUAAACUUGCCAUAGUCCAUUCUCCCUGCUCCCCCUCCCACCAACCCACACACACACACACACACACACACACACACACCCACCACUGUCACCUCCCCUCCUCCCUUUAUUUUUGAAAGCACUGCUGAUUUACAGGAAUUGUGACUUCAGCUUCUGUCUGUGGGGUGAGAUCUGGUUCAAGUCAGUUCACAACGGAGAAGGUGGGGAGGAGUGCAAACAAAACAUUCCUCUGCCUUUUGAUUAACGUCAAGUCUGUCAAGACCCUGAGAAGAAAAGUGACUGGCGUUAAAGAAUGGAGAAGAGUGGACAAGAGACAGCCAGUGGGAGCAGCACUGAGGCACCAUCGGUGAUCCCAGACGACCACCUCGAGUGCUUCAUCUGUCGAGAACUGGAGGUGACAGACCGAGAUGCCUUGCUGCAGUAUUGCGAUUGCAAGAGUUUAGUUGCUCAUCACAAGUGUUUGCUGACCUGGAUACAAAAGGGCCACAGGGAUGAAGAGAAGCCGAGCUGUAAAGUGUGCAUGGUUGAGUACCACUUACAGAACGGCUCAGCAUGGAAGCUGGUUGCAGUGUGUUGGCAGAACUGGAUGAUUCUCACGUUAAUCUUGGGCCUGAUGGCUGUCGUGCCAUUCACCGUGUACAGGAUGAUGACUGCCUUCACUGACCCGCCACCUCACUUUCUCUUCAAAGCUGCUUCUGUUUGCUUCGGGCUGAUAUCAGAGAGCUUGCUGAUCAAGUUCCUCCUCUACUGCUGCUCCAGCAGAUACAGCAGAGCCAAGAUGUCCUCGUUCUCCGUCAGGGGAAGGAGUCUGGAGAAAAGCGACGGAGGUGUGAACCUUCUCUGGCUGGCUGCUCAGAAUCCAACAGCAGCUUCAUCGAGCAGAAUGGAGGCAAACAAGAGCCUGGGCCUGGACUUGUACGUCUGAGCAGAACUUCAGGGGCAAGGCCAAGAGCCAAGGACACCUGCCUCCCGACCCCUGCUGCAAACGGAAACAGACUGACUCUUGGUGACUCCAUUCGCUUUUGGGUUGGGAAGAGAACUCUGC